AUGUCUACUCCCUCUAAUUCAGGCCUUCGCCGCCUUGUAGAAUACGACAAGCGCAAUUCUUCUCUACCAUCGCUAUUAAACGCGCCUACUGUUAGCGAUACUGCGAGCGAGGCAAAGGCUGAUGAGCCCUUGGCAGUACAGGCGGACUUCCCUAACGACGGCGACGACGACGACGACGACGACGACGACAAUUACGACGGGCUUGAUUUUAAGCGUGUGCCGUAUCUUGAGCGCACUACAAACGCCGGCCGACACCUCUUAAGCAACAAGCCUGGACACUCACACGGACCUAACGGACCUAUACUAAUUGCUAGCUGUGAGGGCAACAUUAUGGGCGCGCUCGCAAAGUCCUAA